AUGGCUUCCUCUUCUUCUUCUUCCAUUACUCCUAAACAAGAAUAUGACGUUUUCCUUAGUUUCCGUGGUGUGGACACCCGAGCAAACAUUACCAGCCAUCUUUAUGAAGCUUUUUGUCAGAAAAAGAUUAGAACUUUCAUUGAUGAUAACCUUAUCAGAGGAGAAGAAAUUUUUCCAUCUCUUUUGAAGGCAAUUGAGCAUUCAAAGAUUUCAGUAAUCAUUUUCUCUAAAGGCUACGCUUCUUCCAAAUGGUGUCUCAAAGAACUUGAAGAGAUAAUUAAAUGUAAAAACAAGUAUGAUCAAGUUGUAAUACCGGUCUUUUAUGACGUAGAUCCAUCUGAUGUCAGGAAUCAAACUGGGGAUUUUGGGAAUUCGUUUGCUAAGCUUGAAAAUCGUUUUAUGAAUGAUUCAAAGAUGUUGCAGGAAUGGAGGACAGCUUUGAGGAAUGCAGCCAACCUUUCUGGUUUUCAUUCAAAGAACUAUCGGAAUGAGGCAUCACUUGUAAAAAAUAUUAUCGAUCAUAUCUUGAAAAGAUUGGAUUAUCACUUCUCAACAAUUCACACCAAGAACCUUGUUGGACUAGAUUCAUCAAUCGAGGAGAUUGAAGAUUUAUUAUGUACAAAAGGUGUUCGCAAGCUUGGAAUUUGGGGCAUUGGGGGCAUAGGUAAGACUACUCUUGCUAAUGCUGUUUUCAACAAAAUCUUUAAACAGUUUGAAGAUUCUUUCUUCAUUAAAAAUAUUAGAGAAGAAUCAGAGAAAAUCGGAGGAUUAAAUGACAUCCGCCAAAAAGUCAAUCAUGCACUCUUAGGGGAUAUAAAUCCCAAUAUCGGAUUCAUCUUCCCAAUAGAAAGGCUUAGUCAUAAGAAAGUUCUCAUUGUGUUUGAUGAUGUGACUACAAAUUUCAAACAAAUGGAAUUUUUAAGGGAAGUUUCUGACAACUUGGAUUUCGAGAGUCGAAUAAUCAUAACUACAAGGGAUAAGCAUGUCCUAACAAAUUGUGGAGUGCAUCACAUACACAAGAUGAAAGAAUUACCUUUUGAUAAAGCCAUUCAACUUUUUACAUUGUAUGCCUUUGGAGAAAACAACCCAACAAGAGAUUAUAUUGGGCUAUCAUCAAGUGUAGUAGCAUGUGCUAAACGUCUUCCACUAGCUCUUAAAGUUUUAGGUUCCUUUCUGUUCAAGAGGACAAAGAGAGAAUGGGAAAGUGCACUAAAAAACUUGAAAAUUAAUAGUCAUGGGGAUAUCCAUAAGGUGUUAAAAACAAGUUAUGAUGGAUUAAAUGAUAAAGAGAAAAAUUUAUUUUUAGAUAUUGCAUGUUUCUUUAAAGGAUAUAAAAGAGAUCUCAUAGAACCGAUCUUGAAUGUUCGUGACUUUGACUCUCAUAUUUAUAUAAAUCUUCUGAUUGAAAAGUGUCUCAUAACUAUAUCAUUUGACACCAUAACAAUGCAUGAUUUACUUGAAGAAAUGGGUAGAGAAAUUGUUCAACAAGAAUCAAUUGAUGAUCCUGGUAAACGUAGUUGGUUGUGGGAUCAUAAGGAUAUAUUUUCAAUAUUGAAGCACAAUACGGGAACUAGAGCAAUUCGGAGCAUACGCUUGGAUAUGUCUAAAGUAGAAGAGUUGCAUUUAAAUCCCAAAACUUUCAACAAUAUGCAGAACUUAAGAUUCUUGGAAUUUUAUGUUUCCGAACCUAAAAAUAAGGUGACUGAAUCUGAUUCCUCUACAGGGCGCCAUAACUUAAGAUUCUUAAAAAAAAAUAGCUUCAAGGAAGGAAAGAAGGUGCAUGGUUUUGAGAAACUUAAAUUUGAUUUCUCUGAGUUAAGGUACUUUUGCUGGCAUGGAUAUUCUGCCAAAUCAUUGCCACCAAAUUUUAAUCCAAAGAACCUUGUUGCACUUCAUAUGCAUAAUAGCAAAGUUAAACAACUUUGGACUGAUAACCAGAAACUGGUUAAUUUGAAACAUAUUAACCUCAAUCACUCUAAGCAUUUAUGCAGAGUACCGGAUUUUUCACUUAUACCAAAUCUUGAGAGCCUGAUUUUUGAAGAUUGCACAAAUUUACUCGAUAGUUUCUCAUCUAUCCAUAAUCUCCAUAAACUUGUUAUCCUUAAUCUAUGUGGAUGCAAAAGCUUUGAUAAUCUUCCAAUUAGUGUUCAUUGGCAAUCUCUUCGAGAAAUUAAUCUCUCUAAUUGCUCAAAUCUUAGAACAGUUCCAUAUCUCCCAUGCACAGUUGAAGAGCUAUAUUUAGAUGGAACAACCAUAAAAGAAUUGCGAUCAAUAGAGCAUCUAUACAAACUAGAGAAAUUGAGUCUUAGAAAAUGUUCAAGGCUUGAAAGACUACUUUAUGCGGUUAGCAAAUGUGCUGUACCAUUGACACUUGAAAGAUCCUCUUCCUAUAGAAAGUCUGAAAUAAGCAAGAUCAGUGGACAGAGACCAGAAACCAGAGACCAGAGACCAGAGAUUGAAUGCUAUAAAUUGCUCUUUUAA